UUAUUAUUAAUGUUUACUAUUCAUCAAUUAGUAUUAUUUUUUUGUUUACCAAUCAAUUCAUGAGUAUAAUUGAUCAAUUUGGUCGAUUUUGUCAAAAGUCCAAGGGAUGUGUCGCUGAUUUGUAAACCAUUGACUCCGCUGAUUUGAUUGUGUCGGUCUUUUUUAAAUUUGCUCUUCGGGUUGAAUGUGAAAAUGUUCUGGUGGAAACAACUUCGUUUACUUUUAAUGAAAAAUUAUGUUUCUCAUCGAAGACAAAAGUUGCGUGUUUUCAUGGAGAUAUUAUGGCCUCUUCUUUUGAUGGUUAUUCUUAUGUGGGUUCGAACUCGUGGUCUUCGGACAUUUGUUCACGAAUGUCACUUUGACCACAAGGCUAUGCCAUCCGCAGGAAUCGUUGAAUUCAUCAAAAGUACAAUUUGUUCAUUCAACAACACAUGUAAUCAACAAAUCACCGAUGGUAAAUCAACAUUACUCUCGGAACAAAGAUCAUCAACACCUUUUGAGCAAUUUGAAACCAUUCUGAGAACUCGAUUAACUAAUGAGAAUCUGAAUAAUUUCAAAGUCAUCGAUUCAGACUUGGAAACCUUGAGUCAAUUAACAAAACUAUUAACAAAUCCAAAAUCAUCAAUUCAAAAUUCCGUUAGAUUAAAAGAUUUGCUGGAUAAACCAAUUGGUGACACUUUUGCAAUGUACAAUUUAACCAAUGAUGAAAUUGAUUUUCUCGAUACUCUUACAAUUAACUGGACAAUCAUCCCUCUCAUGUUCAAAUAUCAAACAUUUAAUUUUUUCAAUCUUCUCUGUGAUGAAGAUAAAGGUGUAGAUGUUUCCAAUCAAAUAUUUACAUCCAACAAUUUAGAUCAUGAUCAAAUGAUUGAACAAUUAAGAGAAAAACUCUGUGAUAAUUACAAUUCCAAUAGUACCUCAUCUAGUGAUAGUAUUUCUAAGUCUUUUCAAGUUUUACAAUUACUUAACAAUCAAGCUCUUCUUCAUGAGAUUUCAACUAUAUCAAAAUCAUCAAUUGGUCAGGAUCUUCAUGUUAAACAAUUAACGGGAAUCGGUGAAACAAUCAAUCAUAUUGUUAACGAUGUUACCAAAAUGGAUCAAUUUGAUUCACUUUCAAGUGAUUUAACUAAUUAUUGGUACGCUCUUCGUGAUGCUGUUGAUAAUCCAGGAAACAAUACCAUUAGAUUAAUCCAAUUGUGGUUAUGUGGCCGAAACAGUUCACAAUUAUAUGAAAAUCUACCCGGUGGACCUGGAACUAGAUUAGAGGAAUUAGGUGAAGAGAUGAGAGCUCAUUUGAUUCACAAUCGACCAUCAAAUACAACGGAUUAUAUUUAUGAUAAUACAACAACUACUGAAUGUAACUCACUUUUUCUUUCCCUGGAAAGUGGAAGUGUCACCAAAGUCCUUUGGCGACAAUUUAAACCUUUCGUUCGCGGGAAGAUAAUUUACUCUCCUAAUCGUGCCUCAAUUAAACGAAUUUUAUCCAGAGUUUUAUAUUAUUUCCAACCGAUUCAAUUGUUUCAUAAUCUUUCAAUCAUAUGGAUUGAUGAGAUUGGUCCAAGACUAAAUGAGAGUCUUAAUGAUGAAUCUUCAUUAAUAAACAACAUAACUAGAUUAAUCUUAUCAAAUGAUAUCCCAUUUGCGACGGAUUUAAUUACUUCAAGGCUCGGUAUUAACUCUACCGAUGGUCGGGAUAAUGUCGUCUCAUUAUUGGGUCAGUUCAAGAACAUUACCCAAUUUAUAUCUACUGAUGGUCCAACGAUAUUGCAAACAAUUGACACUUUUCUGCGAAAACUCAAAAUGUACAUGGAAUGUAUCGAAUUGGAUAAAUUGGAAGCAUAUGAAAGUGAAGAUGAAAUAGUUCGUCGUGGUGGAGAGUUGAUGAGUGAGAACAAACUUUUUGCUGGAUUAGUUUUCGAAAAUUUCAAUUCGACAACAAAAAGUUCUAAUGAUUCAUCGAAUGAUAUUGAUGACGAUGUGUUACCACCUUAUGUACGGUACAAGAUUCGUAUGGAUUCGAGCAAAGUUGAUAGUACGAAGAAGAUUGAAGAUCGCAUACCUACACCUGGUGCUCGACGCAGAUCUCUCGUAGAUCUAAAGUACAUCACUUAUGGUUUUGCUUUUCUUCAAGAUCUCAUCGAAAAAUCAAUCAUUCGAGAGCACACAAAUGUAUCAACAGAUACUGGUAUUUAUCUGCAGCAAUUCCCGUAUCCAUGUCACAUUUUUGAUCAGUUUGUAAUGGCGAUAUCUCGUUCUUUCCCGAUGUUCAUGGUACUUUCAUGGGUAUAUAAUGCAUCGAUGAUCAUUAAAAGUAUUGUCCAUGAGAAAGAAUUACGAUUAAAAGAAGUGAUGAAAGUAAUGGGUCUAAGCAAUAGUGUCCUCUGGUCAUCGUGGUUCAUUGAAUCAUUUUCGUUCUUUACCUUGAGUUCAUUUCUCUUGGUACUGAUUCUUCAUUAUGGAAAAGUUUUAAUCUACAGCGAUCCAUUUAUUGUGUAUAUAUUUUUAAUCCUCUAUUCGAUAUCUGUGAUCACUUCAUGUUUUACAAUUAGCACUCUUUUUGGAAAGGCCAAUAUGGCCGCUGCUGGGGGUGGUAUGAUCUUCUUUAUGACUUAUCUUCCAUAUACAUUUUUAAUUCUUUGGGAGGAACUACUAUUUCCGUACGAAAAAGCGAUCGGGUGUCUCUUUCCUAAUGUAGCCUUUGGAUUUGGAUGUAGUUACUUGGCUCAUUUUGAAGAGGAAGGUGUUGGUAUCCAAUGGUCAAAUAUCGGGUCAAGUCCAAUAGCGAAUGACAAUUUCAACAUGUUGUAUGUUUUUAGCAUGUUAAUUGUUGUCAUUUUAAACAUUCUGAUGACAGUUUAUAUUGAGGCUGUUUUUCCUGGUCAAUUUGGUGUUCCGAAGCCAUUUUAUUUUUUUCUUAUGCCUUCAUAUUGGUGUGAAAACAAAAAGACAAUUCUCAAAGAUGAACGUUUACUGACCGAUAAAAAUGAGAAAAAUGUAUUUAUAGAAGAAGAACCUAAAGAUCUUAAACUUGGAAUCUCAAUUUCUAAACUAUCAAAAGUUUAUUCCGGUGGUAAAAUCGCUGUUGAUAAUUUAAGUUUAAAUUUCUACGAAGGACAAAUAACAAGUUUCCUUGGUCACAAUGGAGCGGGAAAAACAACCACAAUCUCAAUUCUAACAGGUCUCUUUCCACCCACCUCGGGAACUGCUUGGAUCUAUGGACACGAUAUAACAACAGAAAUGGACACAAUCCGUCAUAGUCUUGGAACUUGUCCCCAAUAUAAUGUUCUAUUUGGCCAUUUAACUGUAGCAGAGCAUCUUUGGUUUUAUGCUUCGUUAAAAGGAGCAGGACCUGAAGUGCAGAAAGAAAUUGAUGUUCUGAUCGAUGAUCUCGGUCUCUCACAUAAACGAGAUGAAUUUUCGACCAAUUUAUCUGGAGGAAUGCAAAGGAAACUCUCAAUCGCCAUUGCGUUUGUUGGAGGCUCUAGAACUGUGAUACUCGACGAACCAACUGCCGGAGUCGAUCCUUACUCACGACGAUCUAUUUGGGAACUUUUGAUAAAAUAUAAAGCGGGAAGAACAGUGAUCUUAACAACUCAUCAUAUGGAUGAAGCCGAUCUACUUGGUGAUCGAAUUGCUGUUAUUGGUAAUGGUAAAUUACGAUGUAUUGGAUCAUCAUUAUUCUUAAAAUCGAAAUUCGGAAGUGGUUAUUAUUUGACUUUUGUCACUAAAUCAAAUUCCAACCCAAAGCUAAUACAAGAAAACUCUUCACCUAAUCCACAACUAAAAGACAAUUCUCUAGUCAAAGAAAGCAAUAAUCUCGUUGUCCCUAAAGAAGAAACAAGACUAAAUCAUAGUAGUCCAAAAGGUUCAAAUGAUUCUCUCAGCUCUUCUCAAAAAGAAGUCAACUCAAUAAUCACUGAAUUGACUGAAUUCAUUCAGCGAUAUAUUCCUAAUGCUCAAAUGAUCGAAAAGGUUGGAUCUGAAUUAACUUAUCUACUGCCAACAAACUCUCAAGAAUCUGGAUCAUUACGAAAUUUACUUCGCGAAUUAGACGAUAAACUUGAGAAUUUAAAUGUUUUGAGCUAUGGAAUCUCAGACACCCCGUUAGAAGAAGUGUUUCUUCGUGUUACAGGGACACUUGAAGAAGAUCUUAAAAAGUCAAGCUCUUUAGAAGAAGCGGUGGAAAGUCUCACUGAUGGAGGAAGAUAUCCAUCAAGGCUUAGAUUAAAUAGCUCAUUUUGUAACAACUUAGCUCGAAUAUUCCAGCCUUCGCGAUACAUGAGUACUUCAAAUGGGCGGAAUAGAAACGAUAAACUAGACGAACACAUUCCAGGUCGUGAUGAAUGUAAUAUUCCGAUGAAAGAUCUUAAACCACCUGAGAAAAAUCCACUUACAAGUUAUCGAAUUCAGGGUUGGGAUCUUAAGAAGAGACAAUUUUGGGCAUUGCAAAGAAAAAGAUUCCAUCAUACUCGCCGAAAUUAUCGAUCUUUACUCUGUGAGAUCGUUCUUCCUGCUCUCUUGAUAUGUGUCGCUAUGUUGUUCACUUUAAUUGUACCUCCAAUUAUGGAGGAGCCACAAUUGGAACUGAAACCUUGGUUAUAUGGUCCACCGAAUUAUAUUUUCUUCAAUGAUGAUUCGUUAGGAAAACAACCUGUUGUUAGAAAGUAUAUCGAUGAACUGACUGGUGAUCCAGGAAUCGGAACGAAAUGUGUCCAAGGAAUACCAGAAAAAUAUCGUAAACUCAAACCUCAAUUAUACGCAUUUUCAUCAGUCAAACGAUCUCAAUGGUCUGAAAGUUGCGAUGCUGAGGUUACAGAUCGUAAUUUGACUUCACCCUACAACUUAACUGUAGUUAAUCAAUACCAAGAAUGCGAUUGCUCUUCAGGAACACAAGAAUGUCCUGAACCAGUGAUUGGAUUCGAACCACCUUCAACUCCAAUCAUCUCAGGAGAUAUUCUUUACAAUGCCACAGGACGAAACAUCUCUGAUUGGUUAGUGAAAACAAGUAAACAGUAUUACAAGAAAAGAUAUGGUGGUUAUUCCUUUGGUUACAGUAGUUCAAUAGGUUCAUUCAAUUAUACUUCCAUUGAGAGAUUAUUUUUUUACCUUCUUGAUUUGGCCCAAGUAAAAGAUAACCGAGAAAAUAUCGAGCGUACAAUCACUAACUUGACCUCUAUCCUCGAGCGAGCCGAGCUUUGGAACAAUGUUAAGGUCUGGUUUAAUAACAAGGGUUGGGCUGCUUCGGUUUCGUAUUUGAAUGCGAUCAACAAUGUGAUUCUAAGAGCAAAUUUACCAGAAAAUGUAGAUAAACGAUAUUAUGGGAUAACGGUGAUUAAUCAUCCAAUGAACUUCACCAAAGAUCAAUUGAGAGAUGAAAUGUUUCGACGUGGUGGUCUUUCUCUUUUACAUUCCAUUGCCGUUCUUUUUGCGAUGUCCUUCGUACCAGCGAGUUUUGUUCUCUACUUGAUUGAAGAUCGAAUCAGCGGAUCGAAGCAUCUUCAGUUCGUGAGCGGUGUCAAUCCAAAUGUCUAUUGGAUUUCCACCUUCAUUUGGGAUAUGGUGAAUUAUUUGAUUCCAACGUUUCUCUGUUUGAUAAUCUUCAUAGCAUUCAAUGCAGAAGCUUAUAUAAAAUCUCCAAAUAUCUAUGCGUUUAUUACUCUUCUAAUUCUCUAUGGGUUCGCUUCAAUUCCACUCAUGUAUCCGACUGUAUAUCUUUUCAAAGUACCAAGUUCAGCUUUCGUUGUUUUAUCUUCGAUUAAUCUUUUCAUUGGCACUGUCAGUACGGUUGCUACGUUCGUACUCGAACUUUUUGACGAUGAUGAACUUCAGCUAAUUGGUAACAAGUUGAAAGUAGUCUUUCUUAUUUUCCCUCAAUACUGUUUGGGACGAGGACUUCUCGAAAUGUCCGCUAACCACUUGGCUUCUCGUGCAUUCGCUAAAUUUGGUGUAUCGUUUGAAAAGAAUCCUUUUGAAUUCAGUUACAUUGGGCGUAAUAUGUUGGCUCUUUUCAUCCAAGGAAUCAUAUUUUUCGCAUUGAUUCUGUGGUUUGAAUCUGGAAUUCUGUCCUGGAGAAUGAGAAAACCAAAAGCACCGAAUGUGGAUGAUGAUGAGGAAGACGACGACGUUGCUAGUGAGAGGGAACGCAUACUUGGAGGCUUUGCAUCAGAAUAUCCUCUUCGAUUGGAAAAUUUAACUAAAAUUUAUCAAGAUGGACAAAUUCCAGCGGUAAAUAAGCUUUGGAUGUCCGUUGCUCCGGGCGAGUGUUUUGGUCUAUUGGGUGUCAAUGGUGCAGGGAAAACAUCCACGUUUAAAAUGUUGACCGGAGAAAUAAAGAUCUCAUCGGGUGAGGCUUUUAUCGCUGGAUUCAGGGUGAAAAAUGAAUUGACCAAAGCUCGUCAACAUAUCGGUUAUUGUCCACAAUUUGACGCUCUUGAUCCUUUUCUAACUGGCUGGGAACAUCUUGAACUUUAUUCUAGAUUAAGAGGAAUCCCAGAAGAAAAGAUUAAAAAAGUAGUUCGUUGGUCCAUCAAGAAACUUGGACUCUACGAAUACAGUAAUGUUGUUGCUGGUUCAUAUUCGGGAGGGAAUAAGAGGAAAUUGUCCACUGCAAUUGCUCUGGUUGGUCAACCAUCAGUUGUUUUCCUCGAUGAACCAACAACCGGAAUGGAUCCGAAGGCCCGACGCUUCCUUUGGAAUUGUAUAAUCGACAUUGUAAAAGAUAAAUGUGCCGUCGUGUUAACUUCUCAUUCCAUGGAGGAAUGUGAAGCUCUUUGUACUCGAUUGGCUGUAAUGGUGAACGGACGAUUCCGAUGUUUAGGUAGCACUCAACAUUUAAAGAAUAAAUUUGGUGAAGGUUAUAUGGUAACUCUUCGAGUGGGUCGAGGGGAGGAAUGCAAAGGAGCAGCUCAAUCGUUCAUUGAUGGUGCUUUCGGUGGUGAAGCUUCAUUGAAGGAAGUUCAUCUCAAUCAAAUGGAAUAUCAAAUUGGAUCAAAGAUUAGAAUCUCAUCCAUUUUCUCUGAACUCGAAAAGUCAAAGAAUCUCGGAAUAGUCAGUGAUUAUUCAGUUACUCAAACAACAUUAGAUCAAGUGUUUAUCCGAUUUGCUCGAAAUCAAAAAGAUCAAGUGAAACAAUCAAAAUCUCAAUCAAUCUAAUUUAUUUAAAACUCAAUCAUAUUUUCAAUUUACUUUGUAAUCAAUAAAACUUUUCGUUAUUUUAUCUUACAA